GGCAGAUGAUAAAGAUUUGAAAGCCCGCGUAAAUCAGUUGACAAUUUUGAUCGUGUCUUCUCCAUGUAUUCGCUUUUAAAAUUAGGAAAUUUUCUGCCGUUAGAAUAAUCAUUUGCAGGUCAAGGUGGAGAAAUGGGAGAGAAAUGUCAGUGGUGUGCUCUAGCGUGCGCAAUUUGCCGCAUAGGGUGCUUUCGAUGUUAUCAAACAGUCUGCUGCAAGGAACCUUCAACACCCAGGCCAUCAUACUCAGUGAUUGCAAUUGGACUCAGCCAAGCUGGCAAGUCAAUGCUGUUUGCAAAGCUGAGUGGGGACGCUUCUGAAAAACUUGAGCCCACUGUUGGUUUCUCUGUGAAAGCUGUCCAACUACCCAGUGCUAUUCUGAAUGUUAAAGAACUUGGAGGUGGAGAUAAUGUCAGAAAAUACUGGCCACACUAUUUUGGAGGAGCUCAGGGGAUAGUGUUUGUGGUGGACAGCUGUUGCAAUGAUGAUGACGUGGAUUUAGCGGCAGCUGAGUUACAAGAAGUCCUGUCCCACUCCUCCCUGGAAUCCCUUCCUCUGCUGGUCUUAGCCAACAAACAAGAUGUUAAUGGAGCCCGCAGUGCAGAUGAGCUGUCGAGGAUGAUGGGGUUGGAUGCGAUUGCUCGCAAGAGAAAUUGGCACAUACAAGCGUGCUCUAAAGACGACACGGAAAGUGCCAAACAAGGACUUAGUAAACUAGUGUCAUUUAUCAAUCCUGACACGGAAACAUCGGAACAAAAUAGAUUAUGAGCUCAAAAAACUACUAACAUGUGUGUGAUUUCCACUUUAAUUUAAUCGAUUUCUGGGUUUCGGUGUCCUGGAGUUAUUUGUAAAGGUACUUGCGCCAUAAGUAUUAAUAUUAUUCUUAGUCCUAGAAGUAUAAUUAUCAUUAAUAGUGGUAGUAUUAUAAGUAGUAGUAUUGUUAUUAGUGGUGGCAGUAUUAUCCUCAUCAUUAUUAUAUUUAUUGCCGCAUUUAAACCAAGGAACAAUAUGUAACUCUCAUCGAUAUAUCGAAACCUCCCGUUAGCAACUUGAUGUUGUUUCAGAUGUUAAAAUUGGUGCAAAAAUUUUCAAACAGGGAUUGUUUUCAGUCUAAAGUUGAUCUAAUCUCUUCUUGGUCGCGAUAUUACGCGAGGAUUCUAAGAUGUUUCUUUUGAUAUGUCGGUACCCAUCCAUACUCGCAAAUUGUGUGUAAAGUUCAUCCGUUCAGAUCGAUUUCCUGCUACUACAACAGUUUUUUGCUUCUGACUUAUAAAUCCGACUUUUUAUUAAUUUAUUCUACUUCUUCGUUCGCGGUUUUGUUUGGCAAUGGCCCUCUCGUAAUAUCUUUAAACGGUUUGAGACACCUCCAGUUAUCCUCAGAAGUUGUUGAAGCAUACUCGUUAAUUUGCGGAAGUCGUUUGAACAUCUUCCGUAAGUGUGGUUGUUGUCCGAUCAUAGUCCCGACAGGGUUAAGGGAAAUCUCAGAUUCAUAAGAAAUAAGCUGGCUGUUGUGAAUAUGUUGGAAGCCAGAAACUUGUGAAAUUUGUUUGGAAUAAAUAGAAUACUAAUCGA